AUGAGCUUACAUCUGCCGGCAAGGCGGGUAGCCACAGCCGCAGCGCAGGCCACCGCCGGCAAACCCUCAUUACAUCUACAAUAUCUACAACCCAAAACGCAGCGCCGCAAUGCCUGGUUCAACUGGGGCACCCAGCCCAAAGCCAAUUCGCCCUUUGCCCAAGAGAUCUCCCGGCGCGAACGCGAGCAGAUGAUAGCCGAGAAGAAUCUGCAACGAACACAGGGAUCUUCCAUCUUCGACGAGGAGAUCAAGGACACGGAGAGGAUACAAAAGCAGGAGCUCGAGCAACAGCAACCAGGACAGCGGAGAGGGCCCGGAUAUAGUGCCGGUACGAAAGUAAAGGAGCACAUGGAACGAGCUGAGAAUCCCGAUCCCCGAUGGCGCGUGCGCUUCCUCAAGAAGAAGGUGAUGCAGAUGGUGCGGGACGGGGACAAGCCGCUCACGCGGGAGCAGCGCAUACGGCUUACCGAGAAGCAACACACGAGCGCCAGCACGUACCUACCAACUAGCACUAAGAAGUUGAUGUUCCUAUCGCGCCAGAUCGCCGGCAAGACGGUCGACGACGCUAUCACGCAGAUGCGCUUCAGCAAGAAGAAGAUGGCCCGCGAGGUCAAGUGGCAGCUGGAGGAGGCGCGUGACAAAGCCAUCGUAGCUCACGGUAUGGGACUUGGCGCCGCAGACGGCAAGACCCUCGAGAAGCCGCGCAAGAUCCAGACCAAGGACGGCCGCUGGCUCGAGGUCAAUGAUCCGACGACUUUGUACGUCGACCAGUCCUGGGUCACCAAGGGUCCCUGGCGUGGCAUUCGCAUACAGUACCACGCGCGAAGCCGCAUGUCGCAGAUGUGGCGGCCAACAGCUGCCAUCUCCCUCGUUCUAAAGGAGGAGAAGACGAGGAUGCGACUGCACGAUGAGAAGGUAGAGAAGCAGGCGCGGAAACGCCCAUGGGUGCAUCUACCGAACCGGCCAGUUACGGCACAGAGACCUUACUACAGCUGGUAA